CAGGACAAUAGGUUCGUUUCAGAGUGACUUGCGCCUCCUCGUGGACAGGAAACGUUGUUCUGCGUUAUUUUCGGUGGCCUGGCGGCCCAUUGGAGCCAAUUUAUAACACGCCAUCAUUUCUCUGUGGUCCCUUUAUAUCGGUCAAGAUCGAUUUACUUGAUAAUAUCGCCCAGCUCUCACCAGUUGGUCGUUCUGCUGCACGGAGGUCAUCUACCAACGCGCCACAUUCCAGGAACCAUAUCGUGUCAUCCAUCUGUACAUAUACCAACAGCGAUUUUUUGCAUCUGUCUACCACUUUCAUCGGCAUUAACAUGACUGAAUAUGAUUAUUCGCCCGCCGCAUGGGAGAACCAUCUUGCUCAGCAGGCUCGGGUUUCAAACUGGGUCUCCCAGACAACUGCUCAGGCUCAUUCCUACUCCAAUCCAUUCCUCUUGUCGCCCACAUUGCGUGACCGCUCGUUCUACGAGCCAGAUGGAAGACGCCAGCGCCCUCCGCCCAGCCGCUCCAUGACUGUCAAUAUGCCUCCUGCGAGACAAGAAGAGCCAUAUAGGCACAAAUCUUCUCGUUCACAUUCAGCUUCUCGCUCGCAGCCCGUCGAAAUAUGGUCGUACCCUCACUCUAGUCAUACCACCUUGCAUACCACAUCACGUUCUCGUUCUAGCUCAGCCCGCAAGCCACCAUCACGCUCGCAGACCAUACAAGUCAUCUAUCCACCACCUGCGGCCCCUACACACCACCACCAACGCACCCAACCAUAUCCCUAUCCGCAGAAGCAAUCGCAACCCGUGCGGCAACACACAUCUCCGGCAUAUUAUUACCCUCCGCAGCACCACGGAUCUCACCAGCGAACAGUUUACCUCCCACCCGGGCAGUCGCACCACAUCCCUAACGGUCGUUUGGAGUAUCAGUAUGGGACACCUGCUCCGAAGAAGCCGCAACCUCUGUUCAAGCGCUUGCUAGGGUUCAUGUCACCAGGCUCGGGCAAUGGAAGGGGCGGACCGGAGAAGUACCGCAGUUCGGGGAGACGCUCGUCCUAUUGAAGGCCGAGCGUAUACUGGAGCUCUGUCGGUUCAUCAUCAUAGAGUCGUCGGGCUCCUGUCCGAGACCGGCAUACAUUUUAUAUUUUAUUCAAGGGCGCUGGCGUCCAGUUACAUUCCUUUAAAUAGUUCAUAAAUGAUUCACAUACAUCACGUUCAUUCUGUACAUUUACGCAUUGUAAUGAUUUAACGUACUUGAUGCCCCCACUCUACAUAGCCAAUAUAGGUUCAUGAUCAACAACCUUGCUUAAGUUGCAAGGUCGCACAAUUAUCUGACUUGUCCGUCAUAUGUCAUUUGUGCUUUCAUUUUGAUUUGAUUACAUUAAUGACCUCCACAGGACCCAGUCUUCCUCCGAUUCUCAGGGUUGUCCGUGUCAUAUGGUGAAGGCUCUGUAGUAAACCGGAACAUAAAAUAUUGUCUGAGAAAGAUACACG